AUGAAGCUUCUGAACAUGGCUGGAUUCUUCGCUCUGGUGCCCACUUUGGUGUCAGCUCUGGAGCCCAUCACCACCUCACUUGCUUUCUGCGGGGCCGCCGUCAUGUGGCAGCUCUUCUCCCCUGCCUCCUGGCUCAAGUGCCGCUUCCUGGAGUGCUGCAAUAUGAAGGACACCCUGGACAUCCCAGCCCUGCAGAUGGCUUUGGAACAGAAGGUCUUUGGGCAGCACCUCGCCACCCAGGUGGUUCUGAAAGCACUGAGCGCGUACUCCAGAGACAAACAGCCCAGGAAGCCCCUGGUGAUGUCCUUCCAUGGCUGGACCGGCACUGGCAAGUCCUUUGUCAGCAAGAUCAUUGCACGGAACCUGUACCAGCGUCACGAAGCAAGGAGGAGGUUCGUUCAUCAGUAUGACGCAGUCUUGCAUUUCCCACACGCUGAACAUAUAAAGCAGUAUAAGGAGCAGCUGCAGAAUUGGAUUCGAGGGAAUGUCAGCGUCUGUCCGAGGUCGCUUUUCAUUUUCUCUGAAAUGGACCAGAUGCCGCAUGGUCUGAUUGACUCCAUCAUGCCGUACCUCAGUGAUCGCGAGGCUAUCAACGGCGUCUACUAUGGCAAGGCCAUCUUCCUCUUCCUGAAUAACGCAGGAGGGGAUAAGAUAACAGAGGUGGCGCUCGAUCAUUGGAGGAGGCAGAAGGGAAGAGAAGAAAUUCCCCUGACGGACCUGCAGUCUAUGCUAUCUGCCGAGAUUUUCAAUAACAGGAACAGUGGUUUUUGGAAUAGCAAGCUGAUCCAGAAGAACCUGGUAGAUUAUUUCAUCCCUUUCUUGCCCCUGGAAUAUAAACAUGUGAAAGAGUGCAUCCAAGAGGAGCUGCGCUACCAAGGCCACCAAGAAGAUGAAGACCUCAUCAUAAAGAUUGCCUUAGCAAUGUCCGACUAUCCCAGUGAAGAUAGAAUCUACUCUAGCAAAGGUUGCAAAACUGUGGCCUCAAAGGUGAACCUGGAUACCUAG